UAACCAAACUUUAAGAUCAGUUUUCUGUGAGACUCGAACGCAAACGGAUUGUGUGCGCGUAUUGUGUUGUGUUUUGCGAGAGAGAGAGAAGAGAAGAGAGGGAGAGAGGAAAAAAGAGCGAGAUUUGUUUCAGUGCAAUAAAACAAAAACGAGCAACGAAUUAACAAGACGCACAAAACCCGAAAUGAGCAUUUUAUUUGUUUAAUAUUCUUAUUGUUAAUUAUUGAGUGCUGUGUGCAAACGUAAAGGCGAGAUCCAGAAAGGAAAAAACAAAAAAAAGCCAUUCGUGUUUCAAGACGGCCAACGUGAUGAGAAUGUGCAUAAAUUUGAAACGCGUUGAAAUCUUUUAACAGAACUUCUUGAAAGCCAGCGAGAGUUGCGUUUCGUCACUGUAUUAACAUCGUGUCGUCGAGUAUCGUGUGUAGACCUCGUCCCCAGCCUCCGCCUACUUUUAUUCCAGGGGCGAUCCAUUUAAGUGUUAAUUUUUUGUGCGAGUGGUUUAAAAGCUUAAUGCUAAAAUUUAAAAAAGAAAAAACAAUGUUUUUAAAUUGCUGCAAGUAUUACUGACAAACGCUUUUUAUAAAAAUUGAGAGGAAUUUUUGGAAGGCGAAGCUUAAACGACAACAAAUUGCAAUUGUUGACUUUGCUGCAACAAGGCAAGAAAGAAGAAAUUUCAAAAUGGUUGCAAAUGACGGCGGCGAUAACUGUAUGUGCAGCGAUGGCAGCAGCAGCAACAGCAACGAAAACAAUACCAAAAAUCUCACGAAAAACCACAAACAUGCCAAAUAUAGACACCACAACGCCUACAACACCCCGACCACGUUUACAUUAAGCCUAAUAAUCGGUAUUUGGUGUCUGUUCGGCUGUGUAACAUCGAUACCGGGUGCUGCGGUCUACACAAAUUUUGACUUUCGUUCCAAUCCCACAUUUGAGCCUAUCUGCAAUCUGCAGGAGGAACAUUUCAUCGAGAGCGAUGGAAAAGAAUCUAGUCUCAUAUUGGAGUUCAAUACAGCCGGUGCAGCUGCUCAUCAGCAUUCGUGCACUAGGAUUCUAAGUGCUCCACCCAACUAUGGCUUUAUUAUAAGACUAAUUUUACCAAAAAUAAGGCAUACAUCUCAGAAAAUUGGUAACCAUCAUCUAGCGUCAAACACGCCGCAAGAUCGGCCUCAGAGAUCGGCCACAAAGGGUGCGGCCAGCAGUAAAAACAACAUGCCUCCAGUUUCGGACAAGUUGAACACAUCGACGAUAUUAAAGCCAGGACCAAGCUGCCCUUUGAGUAUAUUCAGUUCACAUGACCCCCACACGGCACAGUGGCGGGUAGAUCCAUGCCAGUUAGAAGAUACUGCACCCGAAAUGGAUGACCCUGUUCGACUCUUUCGAGGACGUGUGCGUAUUGUAUGGGAUCAUGGCAAUCAAACUUUGAAGAGUAAACUAAUGGUUACGGCGCUGGGAAAAGGUGACCAGUGUAGGAGUGAGAACAAACAUCAGUGUUUGCAAAUCGGAGAUGAUCCAAUUUUAUGCAUUUCCAAAGAUUUAAUAUGUGAUGGCAUACGCCACUGUCCCAAUAGCAAUGAAUACGACAGUGAUGAGGAUUAUGCCAUGUGUUGGAGACACAGCCGCAUGGGGGAACCAGUGCCGCCCGUAAUGGAUUCCGAUAUUUUCGAACAUUUUGCCUUGGAGGUAUUUCGCAAUUUGUUUGCCUUUGAUGCCCCUGCAAUGGGUAAAGGCGCAAGUGCAACCAACAAACCAGGAGAGAAUGCCACAUCGCCGCAAUCAGAUGAAACGCUCAAUGAAAUCUUAGACAUUGAGUUGACUGUGGAGAAGGAAAACUCUACCAAAGGGUCGGGCAAAGCUGAUAAUGCUACGAGUUUUUUGGGCAGCCAUCAUCAUAGACGAAAUGGCACUAGAGCGGGAUUAAAUUCCGACCUUUCCAAAUAUGGACCUUGGGGUUACUUGAUGCUGGGCAUGUUGUUGUGUGGCGGAGCACUACUGAUCUGUGGUCUAUGGGUUGGCUGUUGUCGCUAUAGCUAUCACAUUGAAACCAUCCGUUCACUUUCAGCUUCCGCUUCGCAGCAUGCAGCCAACAAUGAGCGCGAGUCCGCCCUGCAGAGUGCAAAUGCAGCGGCCAAUGCAGCAGCAGGUCUGGGCCAAGACAAUCACUCUUCACCAAAUGCUCCACCCAACUAUGAAGAACUGGACCCACCUCCCGCCUAUUCCGUGUUGUUUCCCAAUCAGAAGGCAGCUUCAAGCAACACGCUCAACUCGAUGGAUGUUCAGGGCUCCACACCAUCGCAACUGUCGCCGUCUGCAGCUCCCAGUAGUAGAUCUACGGCGAGAACAAAUGGCGAGAGGCCAGCUUCCUCCAGCACCAUGGCUCAUAAUAAUUGACGCGUGCAGUAAGCACUUGUUCCGUCCUUUAGUACACUUGACACUUACACCCACACAUCCAAAUCCGUGCCACUCAUAAAUCCUUUUUAAGUACCGGAGCAAGCAUAUCACACCCUCUCGCAUUGGACCAUCAACAAAUUUUGUGCCAAAAGGCAGAAGAAAAAACACAUUUUUGUGGUUAUGUGAAUUUGCUCUACCCCUAUUUCUAUCCGACUACUCCCCACAUCACACCCUUCCUUACGGUUUAUUGUUUACGAAGUUUUUUUAAGGACUGACUUAUAUAUAUAUGUAUACAUUUUUUUUAUUAACAAUAUAACUAAACUAUAAAAAAUGCUAAGUAAAAAACAAAACAGAGAGAAACGAAUUGUUUUAGCUUUAAGGAGUUCUUUGUGUGUUAAAGUUUAUCGAUUACAUAUUGCAUUUACAGACAAAAAAACGGAAGCAAUGUUUAGAUGUUAAGAUCCCUCCCUUGUACCCGUAAGAGACAAAAACAAAAAC